AUUAUCCUCUUCAUUGACUCCACCUUUGCUUCCUUCUCUACUACAUCUCCUCCUCUCCUCACGUUUCCGCCGCCGCCGCCGCCUCCGCCUCCGCACGGCCGAGCAGCGGCGAGCAGCCGCCGGCGUCCUGCUGCUUCCUACUCCGCAUCCUCGCAACGCCGGUUUUUCAUCGUUUGAUUGUUGGAGAAGAAGGAGAAGAACCGUGUUAAUCUGAUCUGACCGAAGCGAGUUUGGGAUUAUGGCGUAUUACGCCAGGAGGGGUGGGGAUAGGGUUAGUGGUGGUGGCCGUGUUCAAGGUGGUGGAGGUGGUGGAGGUGGUGGUGGGAGAGGUGGAUAUGUGCUGCGUGGAAGAUCAGGGAUGCCUCCUCGAGGGCCCCUUGGCCUCGGGGUUAACUCGCGGCCAUCAGCGCGCACUAUUGCUAAGUCUUUUAGCAGAACCAAAGACAUGACCUGGAGACCUGAUCUGUUUAGUGAUAGUAUGGCAGCUAGUGGAAUUGAAACUGGUACAAAAUUGUACAUUUCAAACUUGGACUAUGGGGUUUCCAAUGAGGAUAUAAAGGAGCUGUUUUCAGAAGUUGGUCACUUGAAGCGCUUUGCUGUUCACUUUGAUGGUUAUGGGCGCCCAAAUGGCACAGCAGAAGUGGUGUUUACUAGGAGAAGUGAUGCAAUUGCUGCAUUGAAACGUUACAAUAAUGUUCUGCUUGAUGGUAAAGCUAUGAAGAUAGAAGUUAUUGGAAGUGACUUAGGUUUGCCUAUGACACCUCGCAUAAAUGUGGUUGGGGCUUCUAAUGGCAGACCUACAAGAACAGUUGUUAUGACGCCUGAAAUUGGCCAGCGUGGCAGUGGUUCCAGCAGUAGACCAACAGGUCCUACAGUUAAUAGAUAUAACCGUGGUGCCUUCCAAGCUGGCCGGGGCCGAGGCCGUGGCAGGGGUCGUGCCCCAUUCCAGUCCCAGUUCCAGGGCCGUGGCACUGGCAGUGUCAGGGGCCGUGGUCAAUUCCAGGGCCGUGGUCGCGGAAGGAGGCAAGCUGGGAAGACUGCAGAUGAGCUGGACAAAGACCUGGAAACUUAUCAUGCUGAGGCAAUGAAGACCGACUGAUCGCUGCAGACCUAACGGUGGUGGCAGCCAUUUUGUCACAACUGCUCUAUAAGCAUCUGUUGCAAGAUUAUCGUUAUGAUAGGUUAGCCCGAUUGAGCUGUAGUACUCCUGGAAGCAGAGAACUUUCUGCUUAGGUUUGCAAAAACAAACUCUGCCUCUAGAAGUUUGAAGAAGACGCAACUGUGGUGUGUAGUGAUUAUCUGGGAUUUGCAACCCUAGGUUUUUUUUUUCUUUUUUUUGGUGCUGCUUGCUCUUGAGAUUGUCGUGUUAAGCUUCCCAAACAAAAGUAAAUCCUGGGAUUUUAUGACUCAUCAUCAUCCGUAGAAGUUACGUAGUUUAGUCUAUAUUAUCCCAAGUCUUGGAUGUCCUUUAACGGCAA